AUGGGUGAGAAUGCCACGUGCAAAAAGGCCGAUUUGUGGCUGACCCUCGGCCAUCAUGUGAAACUAACGGUGCCUCUAGAGAUCCUAAUCGACCAACUGAUAGGAAAAAUAAAAUGGUGGUUUUUAUCAAGGGUUCGAGGGAGGCCCCACAGGGAGUCCCUGUUACUACAAACUCUCUCCUACUUCAGCCUUCUCCCUUCUCCUUCACACACGUCACGCUAUCUUGUGUUUGAGUUCUGCACAGAACUUGACCUAAUAAUGGCGGUCACGUCCAAGGGGAAGUGUAUUUUGGCGCCAGAUACGCCAGCCAAAUUUGUGGCUCCUGAGAAUUCAAGCAGUAUAGAGCUUUUGGGAUUAAGUGGUAAAUCAGAGUGCAUCAUGUUGGGGUUAUCAGGGAGGAGGAGGAGGAGGAGGAACGAAGGGAAGAGUUCGAGAAAGACGAAGCACCGUCCUAAAGUCCUUGAUAAAGCUAAAAUUGGAAAACAUGCUUCGACUCCUAAACAUAUAAUAUUGCCUAUAACCCCCAACCUCUUUACCCCAAAGCGCCGGGCCAAUCUUUUGAGACACAUUGAUCCCGUAAAUAUUCUCGAUUCUACUGAAAAAUCUAGCAGAAGAAGAAUCGAUUUCGACAUCGGUUGUUGCAGCUCGAAUCAGAGUGAAAAUGUUUAUGAUGGCAGAAAAAGUAAUCGAUUCACUGCCUUGGGAGUUUACAGAAGAAUAUUGAGGCCAAAUGAGUGUUUGAAGAACAGUAGAAAGUUGGGUCCGAAUUUUCCAUUUAUAUUCAAGAAACCCAGGAUGAGGCGGCUAAAACCAAUUGCGUUUGAUAAGCUUCUUCUGCUUCUUCGUACGUCUCCAAUUGCUCAGGAAAUGAAAAUUAAGCCGGUGGACUUGGAUCAGAUUAUGAGGAAUAGAAAGACAAGGCCUCGAACAUUAAACCAAAGGAAAUCGAAAUUCCCCUGGGUCACAACUGAAUGUGCCGCGCUUGAAAAAUCCACAUUGAAUUUGACAUGGAAGGCUAGAAAGGGAAGAUGUAAGACAUCCACUCGUGAAAGCAAUUUAUCAUCAUUCAUCAAUGAUCUUUCCCUGUUACAGUUCUCCGACUCUUUUCUUUCAAGAGUAUCUGCUAUCAGAGUUGCUAUCAGAGUAGCCGAAGACUAUUCUUCAGCUUGUGUGGAAGCUCAAAAUGGUGGUUCAGAUGUGGAAACACCACUUUUCGUGGGUCUGUGCGGUGUUGAUGAUGUGGAUCUCGGAGAGAGCCAAAUUUGUGAAGACUAUUCUUCAGCUUGUGUGGAAGCUCAAAAUGGUGGUUCAGAUGUGGAAACACCACUUUUCGUGGGUCUGUGCGGUGUUGAUGAUGUGGAUCUCGGAGAGAGCCAAAUUUGGGAUGAUUUUACAAAAGCUCUAGUUGAUUUUGCUACUCGUAAGGUGGAGUGUUUAAACCUCAAUGUGCCAACUCAAGAACUCAUACUAAAACAUGAUCUUAAUCCUGAGAGAGAAGUUCUAGAACUCGUACCAAAAGUUGAUCUCACUCCUGAGAGAGAAGAUGACGAGGCAACAAAUUAUUGGAAGGAGGAAAGGGAAUUAUAUGAAGGACGGUUCGACGAAUUCAUUGCCAUCUUGUAUCACAUUCAAGGAAGUAUGAAGUACUCGGCCUGGAAAGGCUCCAUUGUUGAUUCAGUGGUCGGAGUCUUUCUGACUCAAAAUGUUGGUGACAACCUUUCCAGUGGUGCCUUUAUGUCUCUUAGAGAGAGAUAUCGGCCUCUGCAUAUGAGUGAGGACAUUGGUAAUGAUGGUAAAAGUGAAAUUGUCAUUCAUAAUAGUGAAAAAGUGAAAAUAGCCUUAUCACCAUCCUUAUCCUCUGACGAGUGCGGACAACCGUUGAUUAUUGAAAAUGAUGGAAAUGAAAUUUCCUCCUAUAUCGAAUCUACUUCUGGAGGAGGAAAAGGCAAAAACAAGUUAAACAAAGAACCGCCCAAUUGGGACAAGUUAAGGGUGAAAUAUUCUCAAGGCGUAUCAAAAAACAGAACCGAAUAUACAACGGAUUCUGUUGAUUGGGAGGCGGUUAGACAAGCGACCGUUGAUGAGGUGGCUAAAGCGAUCAUGGGGAGGGGAAUGAAUAAUUUGCUUGCUAGAAGAAUCAAGGAUUUUCUUGAGCGAUUAGCUAAAGAUCACGGUAGCAUUGACCUUGAGUGGCUAAGAGAUGCUAUGCCGGAGGAAACAAAGGCUUACUUGCUAAGUAUACCUGGCCUUGGCCUGAAGAGCGUAGAAUGUGUGAGGCUUUUGGCACUUCAACAACAAGCAUUCCCGGUUGAUGUGAACAUUGCUCGGGUCGCUGUGCGUAGAGGUUGGGUCCCUCUGCAAGCACUACCAGAGGGUGUCGAGAUACACCAUCUAAAUGACUAUCCUAAUCUAGAUAACGUCCAACAGUUCCUGUGGCCACUACUUCAACAGACAAUCUGUACAAAGAGAAAUCCAAAUUGCAGUGCAUGCCCGUUUACAGCAAGCUGCAAGCACUAUGCUAGUAUGUCCGCAAGUGCUAGACCCCGCCUCAAAGGCCCUCACGUGGAGAACUCACAUUAUCAGUCUUCAGAACGUUUCAGUCAGGAGUCGAUGGUGCUUUCCAAUUUGAAUAUACCAAAGAAUUGUGAACCAAUCAUAGAAAUGCCGGAGUCUCCAGUGCGAGAGGGUACACCGGACACGGACGCGGAUGCACAUUUUCCAUUGGAAUUUGAAGAUCACAACGAUGAGGAAAAAGAAAUUCUUACGCUCAAGCUCCGUUUCAUAGAUAGAGAGGAUGAUGGGUCCAAGACCUUGAUUACUUUGAGGCCUGAUAUGCCAUCUUUUCCAAGGCCCAAGCUGAAAGAUGUGAAGCGCUUGAGGACUGAGCACAUAGUGUAUGAGCUUCCGCCAUCCCAUCCUCUCUUGGCAGGGUUUGAUAAGUUGAUCCCAAAUGAUCGGUUUCGUUACCUUCUUGCAAUAUGGAUGACAGAUGAAACCACCGGAUCUUCCCAAGAUCCAAGAAAAGAAAAUAAUCGUCAGGAAUCGACGAACUCUGAACUAGAUACUCCGUCAGGGCAAAUCGUUAAAUACCGAAAUGAGUUGAUGGUUCAAGGAACAAUUUUGAUACCGUGCCGAACGGCUAAUAGAGGAUCCUUUCCACUUAAUGGGACCUACUUUCAGGUCAAUGAGGUGUUUGCUGACCAUGAUUCUAGCCUGCGACCAAUUGAUGUCCCCAGAGAAUGGGUUUGGAAUUUAAGGAGACGGCCAUUGUAUUGUGGGACAUCCAUACACUCGAUUUGUAGAGGUGAGUUGUAUUGUGGGACAUCCAUGCACUCGAUUUGUAGAGGUUAUGUAUGCAUUAGAGGGAUGGACAGAAAGACAACAGGACCAAGACCACUUCAAAAAAGAUUCCAUUUUUGCAAAACAAGGCCAGUCAAUUAUUGGGAAAAUUUAUAG